AUGUCCUAGUAAGAGCCACCUUCUUCUCCUAGGGCCAUCUCAGAGCUACCGCCUGUACGACUCGGUAGUCUCCCACGACCGUUCUAUGGUGCUACUACAUCAUAAGCGAACGAGCCCCGAUUCGCGCCGGGGUCACUGGCACGCUACGCCCGGUCCGACUCGAGGCUACGAUCAUGUCAUCUCCGACCUCGACCACUUCCGACGAGAAUUUUCUCCUUAGCUACGAAAGGAGCAGGAUCGUACGCGUUGUCGAUCCCACAUUCAAGUUGGACCACGACCGCCGCUCAUUGCGCUCGCUUCCGCAACGACCUCUCAACCCAACAUCACCGACAAGGAAGCAACAACUGACUCUUCAGCUUUUGUUCCACUGCAGUACCAUCGCCGGCAAGAAGAUCCUCAACGAGUACAUCGCGUGAGUCUCGCUCACCUACCUUUUGCCCGUACUUAUGCGCCGCGGGGAGGCGUUUCGGAAAUUGAGGAUUAAGCAAGCGCGUUAUUAACCAUUUGCUUUCCGUCGUCCUCCCGCGACCCCGAUCGCGCUUCCCUCCCUCGCAUGCCCACGCCGUGCCGUCCUUCGUCAUCUGAUCCGGGUUCGCUCUUCUCCGACCUGUUUCCUCCGUCGUAGCCUCGGUGUCUUCGGCAUGACCGGUUUCGGCGCAUGGGCCGCGACGCGAGGUGGGGACGCCAAGGCGACCAAGAUCGCAGAGUCGACCAGCGCCAAGCUCAACUCGUCCAGGUAGGCGCUACGAAUCAAACUUUCCGUUUCCAUGAUCAAUGUUCUAGAAGUUGACUGGGCUCUUUUUUCGCUUUUGUGAUGUUUGUCCCUUUGUGAUCAACAGCGAGGAGGAGGCGGCCUUUAUCCAAAACUUCAUCAACGAUCUCGAGCACCAGGACAAGGCGCAGAACAAGCACUGA